UCUUAUUUCGCUGUUCAUCGUGGGCUCCACUCUGUCCACGCUCACAUCGUCACUGUUCUGUCGUGCAAGUGGAUUCUGGUCUGCAUUCCUGGGCUAUUAUCAAAAAGGCAGUAGUGGAGUAAUGUCAUCGUCAUCUACACGAAGUGAGGGUGAGGCCCCUCCGUAUAAGGCUGUUCCGGUGGGGAGCAGUAGUACAAGUGGCGAGGAAACCGAUACGGUAAGACGGUCUGAUAGCAAGCUUAGGAAGUCCUUGACUGAAAAAGGAGAUAAAUCAUACUACUAUGCGCACUCUAGAGACUUCUAUGUUCCUCCCGAUGCUAAAGUUGUAACUGGUCCGGGCCUGAUCACUGGUGGCCAGCCUGAGCUCAUUGGACGAUCUCUUUCUCCCGAACCCAGGAAUGUUGUUAAGAAGAGAACGGUGAAGCAGUACAGUUGGUUUGACGAUGAGGGAAAGGUCAAAGUUUAUACUGAGGAUUCACAACUGCUAGCUGCUCUCGAGGACGAUUCUGUAGAGGCUCAUAGCAAGUUCACAACAACUGGAUUUGACCUAUGGGCGGACUCUGUGGAUGGGUGGCGUGUGAUAUUGUCGAUUCCGACCCUGAAUGCUGAGAUAAUACCCGAGCAGUGCAAACACCGAGUGUCUAAGGGGAAGCGGGUAUCCGUAACGCUGAGGAAGAAGGAUGCUGACAGGACCUGGUACAACCUCAAAAGUACUUCCGAUUGAGCUGCCUCGUGAAGGAAGUGAAGAAACACUCUCGAAACUGAUCGUUACUUGACUUGUUGUUAUAUUACUAGGCCUCUAUUGGAAGCUAUUCACCAGCCUGUGUUUC